AUGUCUGCAAACUUGGAUAAAUCUUUAGAUGAGAUUAUUGGCUCCGGAAGGAAAGCGGUUAGAGCACGUGUUAACAAGCGUGCCCUAGGCCCUGGUCCAAGAAGAGCUCCUAAACAAGUUCGCCGUCCAAUUGUUGGUGACAGUAGAAGGGCUAAGUUCUCUGCUGAUGGAACUGCUACUAGAAUGGCAAGACUUCUGGAUGCUUCCAGAGAAGCCAAGGUUAACGUUGAGGGUCUUCCAAGAGACAUUAAGCAGGAUGCCGUCAAAGAGUUCUUCUCUUCUCAAAUUGGUGGUGUCCAAAGGGUCUUAUUAAGUUACAAUGAAAGAGGUCAAUCGACUGGUAUGGCCAAUGUAACAUUCAAAAAUGGUGAAAUGGCAAAAAAGGCUGUAGCUAAAUUCAAUGGUGCUCCUAUCGAUGGCGGCAGAUCUAAAUUGAAGUUGAAUUUGAUUAUUGAUCCUAAUCAACAACCUGUUAGAUCUCUAUCCGAUAGAAUUAGAGCUGUUCCACAGAAGAAUAAUAGACAGUCUAAUAUUCCACAAAAAAAGGCACCAAAUAAGAAGGCUGCUUUAGUGGAGAAGCAAAAGGUCCCAAGAGCCAAACCUGAAAAAAAGAGUCUUGAAGAUUUAGAUAAGGAAAUGGCAGACUACUUCGAGGAAAAGAAAUAG